AUGGCAUCGCAUGAACAAGUUCCAGUUCAGAUACCUAAACAACGGCGACAUUCAUUUAUGGACUAUGGCGGAGCAAAUUCCCUAAGUAACUUUGCCUCAUCCUAUUCUCGCGCUCAGAACUAUAGUGGUACUUUACUUUUGGAACAACAUGACGAGGAGUGCAGAGAUGUAUUGACACAACAGCGACAAGCUUCAUUUUCACUGGGGCUCUUCCAAGAUGAAGAAGACGAAGAGGUAGCUAUUGUGGAUGAUGAGUUCCCUCUGACUCGAAAAUUACAUGGAAGCAACCAUAUAGGAAAUCUUUUACUACAAAACGAAGAAUGCUUGGAUCAGGAUAUAUCCGAGAGCGUACUAGACGAAAUGGCGCCAUUAAUUCCCACCAUUUCAAAACAGAGUAGCCAUGUUGUAUUUUCCAAGUUGGGCAGCUCAACCGCACCUCAAACAAUCUUUAAUUCAAUAAAUACUUUGGUUGGUAUAGGAAUGCUAUCUCUUCCGUUAGGAUUCCGUAUGAGCGGAUGGCUUUUGGGAGUAAUUUUUUUACUCGGGUCUGCUAUAUCAACAAACUUAACCGCCAAAUAUCUAGGUCGAAUAUUGCGUAACCAUCCUAAUUUAAUGACAUAUGGAGAUAUUGCCUAUGCUUACGGAGGCAGACUUUUUUCAAUCUUGGUGACUGGAUUUUUCGUGUUGGAUCUAUUAGGAGCUUCAUUAUCUUUGAUUAUUUUGUUUGCAGAUUGUUUUGUAAUUGUCUGGCCACACGUAAAAAGCUUAAAGUUGAUUAUCGUAUCAAUCGUGUUUUGUUCAAGUUUGUUGCCUUUGCAUGUACUAUCCAUUUUCAGCUUAUUAGGGAUCUUGGGAACAAUUGGUAUAAUUUCAGUGAUAAUCACUUGCGGAUUUCUAUUACGUCAAUCACCCGGCUCGCUUUUGGAUUUUGCUCCAACAGACGUGUAUCCCAAAAGUUUGCCAAACUUGUUGUUUAGUUUGGGCGUCUUCAUGGCCCCCUGGGGCGGUCAUCCUGUAUUUCCUGAAUUGUUCCGAGACAUGAGACACCCUAAGAAAUUCAGCAACACUAGCAAUGUGUCAUUUUCUGUCACAUUCUUGUUGGAUUUCACAAUAGGUGCCACGGGGUACCUCAUGUAUGGGAAAAUGGUAGAUGACUCAAUUGUUAAAAGUAUUAUGCAAAAUUCAAACUAUCCUGAAUGGGUGAAUAAACUGCUUUGUUUGCUAAUGGGAAUACUUCCCGUUUCAAAGUUACCAUUAGUUACCCGGCCAAUAAUCACCUCAUAUGAAAAAUUAUUGGGGUUGUCGCCUUGCAAAAACAAACAAUCAAGAACAGGAACAAGAACAGGAACAAGAACAAGAACAAGAACAACUUUGACAAUAUUGAGAAUAUUCUCCAGGUUUAUAUUUUGUGGAGUCCUACUUUUAUUUGCAUUGUUGUUCACUUCUUUCGGCAAGUUGGUCUCAUUCUUGGGAAGUGCUAUUUGCUACACCGUUUGUCUUGCCUUCCCCUUAAUGUUUUACUUAAAAUUGAAUAGAUCAAGUGUUUCAAAAUUUCAAAGCCAUCUAAUCAGAUUAGGCAUUUGCAUCUCGAUAUUACUCGCACUUUUGGGCAGCUAUGCAUCCAUUGCUGUGAGAAUCACUUAG